GCGUGCUGUCAACUGACAGUUUGAAUUUUGAUGACGGAAAGAAAAAGGUUAUAAACAGAAAAAUAGGAAUUAAGUUAAAUUUAAUUUAUUUAUUGUUAAUUAGAAAAUAAUAUUAUACAGGUGUUUAAUAACUAGUUGUACAGCGUUUCAUAAUCUUUGAUUCCUUUUUGCGAAGUCUAAUAAACUCGGGAGAAGCAACGUGUCCUAGGUUAGGCCGUUAGCGAAUCAUGUUAAUACAAUACUUUAAAUAACAUGACUGAAAGGAAAAUGUGCAAAUUCUACAAUUUGAACGUGCCUGAUCGUCGUUCUGGGGAGGGAGGGCAAGGUGGCCAGGUGCAGAACCAUGGCAACAAUGAAGAAGAUGAGAGGAACUCCGAGGAGUACGCGCCGCCGCCAGUGCCUCCACACGAACACAAACUGGAGUACAGCUAUUGGAUGUGGUUCUCACGGCGACCCCCCGCCCGCGAGCUGUCUGCCUCCACCACCGGCUAUGGCCAGGCGUUACGUCUGGUGGGUCGGGUGGGCAGCGUGGAACAAUGGUGGGGGCUGUACACGCAUCUUGCGCGGCCCGCGGACCUGCCGCCGCUAUCAGACCUGCACCUCUUCAAACUCGGCAUCAAGCCGAUGUGGGAGGACCCCGCAAACGUUAAUGGCGGCAAGUGGGUGGUACGAUUGCGUAAGGCGCAGACGGGGCGUGCGUGGGAAGAUCUCUGCAUGGCGAUGCUCGGCGAGCAAUUCAUGGUGGGCGCCGAGCUCUGCGGCGUGGUGCUCUCUGUGCGUUUUCAGGAGGAUCACCUAGCGGUAUGGCACCGGACGGCGUCCGACACACUAGCGGCGUCCCGCGUGCGCGACGCCCUCCGCCGCAUACUGCAGCUGCCCGCCUCCGUUCCCAUUGAAUACAAAGCCCAUGGAGACUGCCUCAGGGCUUCCGCCUCGCGCUCCGACAACAACGACACAGACCACACCCGCUCCUAGCACACACAAGGUGAUAAUCACAGCCCGUAAUACGUAGACUCUUUGACCUGAUUCAUAGCUUUUGGGAAUCGAUCGGAUUUGUAACUUGAAAGACUACCAUUUAAAAUAUCUUUUGAGAACCCAAGAUUGGAUUGGUAAGAUUUUGUUUUGAGAACUAAAGAUUGAACUAGUACAACUUCUUGUUUUGACACUCGGUAAAGUCAAUAGCACGAUUAUUAAUUUUAAUAAUAAUAAUUUACAUGAAAUCCAAAAAUAAAUGCGUGACACAAACAGUGCAUAAAAUGCAUUUUUUUGGUAAUUGCUUGAUCUCUGACAGUUAUAAUAACAUCAAUAACAUCAAAAUAUGUUUCAGUUUCUGAAAAACAUAUUUCCAUUGACAUGGAAUGGGGCUUUACAAUUUGAAGCAACCUCUAAUUUUUGCUCUUCAUUCAACCAACACUACAUCCUUUUAUCUGAAUUAUUUUACCAUAUGACCGGAUGAUCUCAUAUUCACCCUGAGAAUGGGAAUCAAGUAAAACUCAAAAUUAUCCAGAUAUAUUAAUGGAAAAUAUACUGUUCUCAAAAUAUUAAUGCCACGAUUCGGGACAUCAGGCUGUUCCAAAUCUCCAAAUUUGAUCACCAUAUUUCAAAAAAAAAUUAUAUGAAUGUUCCUCAAGCUAUAAGUAUUAAAAAUUAAAUCAUUUUUGUAGAUUAAAUAAUAUUCUCGAAAAUAAUUAAUAAAAUAUGUACCGUCUUUGAUAUUAAUUUGUAGAAAAUUUACCGUGAAACUAAUUGAAUAUGCUGUACAUAAUGAAAUUGUUUUUAUGUAAAAUGUUUGUCGUCUUAUAGUGAGUCAGUCAAUCUGUAACGAGUUCACACCGAACUGGCCUUUAGAAGGAAAUACUGUCAACUUACCCCUCAAGUGAACAUUGCUGGUUUUCACGAAGUUAAAAUAUCUUCAAUGUUUUAAUCAAAUCAAUACAAUAUCUGCUGUAUACAAGUGACUUUUUCACAUUAAUUGUAGCAAAUAUGAAGCUCAGUUCAAUAUCAAUAAAUAUUAAGGCAGUUAAGAAGUUAGCGUAUGUAAUGAAAACUUUUUUAAUGAAUUAAAAAAAAUAUAGAAGGAAUGGCCAUAGAAUUCGUUUUUACCUAGAUGCGAAUAAAUUUUAAAAUUGACUAAAACUUCGUGGUGGCAGAGGUUAGCAAAGACUUAGUGAAGUGAACAGAUUUGUAUUACUAAUACGGUAACGUUGUGAUUAUUCGAUAAAGAUGACAGUGAGUAAAAUUUUUAUCAAUUUUGCAUAUUAUUAUUCAUAAAAAGUUAAAUUAUAAGCUGGAUUAUUUACGUUCAGUUUUGGAUGUGCGUGUAGCUUUAAAAUACACAUCCAAAAUUAAAAAUCUAAUGUCAAAACGUCACGCGCGAGUCUAAAGCAGAGUAUAAUACACCGGGCCAACGAGCGUUGGCAUGAAUGUUCGUUGGCUAUACACAAUUAUUUUCUCCAUCUUUGAGGUAAUCCAAAGUGUUAUAUACAGAUAACGUAAGACAUGCCUUGUCAACGUUCGUGAAUAAAAGGCCUGGUGUGUACCUGGCUUAAGUCUUAAGAGAAUUAGUCAUUUAACUUUUUAAAUGAGAAUGUGAACUGCACUUUAAAUGUUCACAUCUUCAAAUAAACGGUAAUGUUUGACUGUUGAUUUCUCGCCUCUCCGAUCGAAAGUGUCAGUUCGUAUAAAAAUUAAAUAAACAGAAUGUCAAUAGGCUAUCAAGUGUCUCCAAUGAGUGCCGCGCCGUUCUCACCAAAUGUCGUCGGUUCGAGCGAUGUACAUAUAGUGAAAUUGUAAUGCGUUGUGUAAGCGCGAGACGUUUGUGAGAACGUGCGCAAGCGCAGCUCCGUUCCCUGUACUGUACAGAAUGAUUGCUGAAAAUAAAGAUCAGACUUUGUAUACUU